AUGGAGAAUGAAACGAGUGAACUAAUCGCAUCUUUCAUCGAGAUUUCCGGAGGCCAAACCGAGAAAACUGCAUUCCAAUUCCUUGAGGCAACUAGCUGGAAUCUGGAAGAUGCCGUUAACCUCUUUCUCAUCUGUAGGAGAAACCCUCAAGAACCGUCAGAUUCUAGGUUGUCUUCCUUGUACCGUCCUCCUCUGGAUCUGCUUUUCAAUGGUUCCUUUGAAAAGGCAAAAGCAACUGCCUCUAUAGAGGAUCUAUGGUUGCUCGUAAACCUCCAAUCAACGAUAGAGUUUGCUUCCCAGUCCCACACUCUUAACCGAGAUUUAUGGUCAAACGAUGCCGUGUCUCAAGCCAUCAAGAUGCGUAAAUGGAGCGGUAUGAUCGAAGCUCAUGGUUUUCUCGAGGAUUUGAUGAAGUACAAGGAUGUUGGUCCUCACGAACACGUUGCUUCUCUGACAAGCAACAAACGUAUUAAAACAGAGAAGAUUUGCUUUUUAAGCAGCCAGGUUGACGACGACCAUCAAGACAUGUCUACGUUUUGGGACAACGAUCGCGUUGUGACUCCUCCUUCUUGGGGGAAAGAAUUUGAAGAGACUUGUCUGUCAAGCGAUGACGUGUUUGAGUUCCCAGUUUUGACAGAAGAGCCAAAAGGAGACUGCGAUCGAAGCCUUUUAUGCAGUCUGUGCAUUCGAUUUCCAGAUGGGAGAAGAAAGCAGAGGAAGUUUCUCAAGAGCGAACCGGUUCAGCUUCUCUGGUCUUUCUGUUAUUUUAACAUGGAGGAUUCAGAGAAAAGGGCGUUCAAGCUUGUGCAGGCGAUUCCUGGUGCUACCAAGACUCUAGAUUAUGGAGCUAAAGCCACGUUUGAUCAAUCUGGGAUUGAUAAUUCGAUAGUCUCGGUUACUUGGGAAUGA